UACUGACAAAGUAUAAAAAGGGCAGUUCCUCCCCCAGCGGGUCUCUUUCGUUGCUCCUACAAUACAAGUACUUUUGAACUUGCUCAGGGGUUAACGACGGAAUUUACUGUUAAACGUUUAAAAAAUACUAGUGUUAUGACUCGCGGAGAUCCUGUUUGUCGGAGGGAGGAUUGUUCUCCCUUCGACAUUGGCCUAGUUUUCGACGAGAUCCACAACUACUCGCCGCAUCAGAAGCUGGAGUUCGUCGAAAACGUGUGGAAACCAGCUACUGACCCUGCCUGGAAGGCCAAUGUUUUGGAAUUUUGUAACCAUUACAGACAGGACAUACCAAAUUAUGCAGGAUUACAGGCAGAGCUUUUGUUAUGGGAGAGAUUGUGGAAGGGGAGGGAUAACAGAGGAGAUAUUAUUCCUGACAGUUUGGAGGCUACACUGAAGGAUAUUGACAAAGAUGCAUAUGUCAACAUCUAUUCCAUGCUGAAAGUCCUGAUCACAAUUCCAAUUUCAUCUGCAUCUUGUGAGAGAUCCAUAUCAUCCCUUCGGAAUCUUAAGAACUAUUUGAGAAAUACAAUGACCCAGGACAGACUGAAUGGAUUGGCACUGAUGCAUGCCCACAGAGACAUGGAUUUUGACCUUGAACGUAUAAUAGAUUUAUUUGCUGAGUUACAUCCUAGGAGAAUGAGAAUGGCAAACAUUUUGUAAUAAUUUUUUGCACCAGCUGUUUCUAGAGUACUUGUGAGUUAUGUUCUGUCUGGGUUAUGGCCUUUAAGUCUCAUAAUCCUUAAACUGAUGGAGAACAGUACAGAAGCUCAAACUGGUGCCUGUAUAACUUUUUUCAACUCAUUUCAAGGUUAUUUUCUAUUUUGUUUUACUUGUGAUGAUUUUCCAUUGAC